CCCGUCGUGCCCCGCGGCAAGAAAAAAAUAUGGCGGCCUGAGGGGCGCGCGCGCGCGCGCUCGCGGGGGCCCGGCCGGGAGAGGCGUGAAGGCAAAGUUUGGGGCGGGCCCGAACCCGAGCAGAACCGGCCGCAAAAGUCAUUGGGACCCCGGGCGGAGACGAGCCCGACCGGAUUUAGAGAAGGAACUGGGAUAAAGGGCCUGCCUAAGAGGAAGCAAUGAAUCCUUUUUGAAGCAUCAGACCGCAGGAGCUGUUGGCCAGAUGAUGCUGGAUGCUGACAGGGGAAAGCUGAUUCAGAGACAAGCAGCCCGAAAUGUUUGGACACGUCGUCACUUUGGAUCUUGGAAACAUGCGUGGACCCAUGGGUGUAGCUGUUCCUGGAAUCUUCUGCUUGUCUACCAUCCCAUGUUGAUGGUGGUUUUGCCUUGAUUCUGAACCAGCUUCUGCUGGGAGUUUGUGGAAAAGCAGAUUCAAACUAUGCUGAAGGGCAUCUGAGUGAGUGUCCCUGCUUCAUGAAGCUUUAAAUUUGAGCGUAGGCUGGUAACCCGCUUUCGGAGCCACGCAGGUGGGAGGAUGUCGAGCACAGCUCCAUCAAAGAAGCCUUACCGCAAGGCGCCCCCGCAGCAUCGUGAGAUCCGCCAUGAGGUACCCAUCAUCCGUGAUGACCAGGAUGGAGUAAUCGUGGCCGAGCAGAGUCAGGAACCCUUGACGGAUUCAGAAAGGAUGAAGCUAUUGCAGCAUGAGAAUGAGGAGUUGCGUCGACGGCUGACAUAUGUGACUAACAAAAUGGAGGCGAUGGAGAGGGAGCUGGAGUCGGGUCAGGACUACCUGGAGAUGGAGCUAGGCCAGAACCGUGAGGAGCUGGAGAAAUUCAAGGACAAAUUCCGUAGGUUGCAGAACAGCUACACUGCUUCCCAGAGAACCAAUCAAGACCUGGAGGAGAAGCUACAUGCCCUGGCCUCUCUCAGCCAAAGCUGGAUUUUUGCAAUUAAGAAGGCAGAGAUGGACCGCAAGACGCUGGACUGGGAGAUUGUAGAGCUCACUAAUAAAUUGCUUGAUGCCAAAACCACCAUCAAUAAGCUGGAGGAACUCAAUGAACGUUAUCGACAGGACUGUAACCUUGCAGUACAGCUGCUCAAGUGUAACAAGUCCCACUUCAGGAACCACAAGUUUGCUGAUCUUCCCUAUGAGCUGCAGGACAUGGUCAACAAGCAUUUGCAUAGCACUCAGGAGUCCUCAGGUCCUGGUCAAGAGACAGUCCACACGUUGGCUCCGUCUGAUGUUGUGCCCACCUCAGUCAUUGCCAGAGUCUUGGAGAAACCAGAAUCCCUGGUUCUGAAUUCAGCCAAGUCUAGCAGUGGCAGCUGUCCCAUGGCUGAGGAUGUCUUUGUGCAUGUGGACAUGAGUGGAGCGCCUCCUGAUGCCUGCAAUAGCAUGGGGCAGAUGGGGAAGGAGGGAGGAGAUGCAGGGAAACAGCAGAAUGGUGGCUGCAAGCCUCAGAGCAGCGUGGAAAGUAUGCCAGAGGAGGUGCCUGCCUUUGAGAAGCUAAGCCCGUACCCUACACCUUCACCUCCCCAUCCUAUAUAUCCUGGGCGCAAAGUGAUUGAGUUCUCUGAGGACAAGGUAAGGAUUCCAAAGAACAGCCCCCUGCCCAACUGUACCUAUGCUACACGCCAGGCCAUCUCCCUCAGCCUGGUACAGAGCGAAGAUGAGAGCUGUGACAGGCACCAGAUGCUCCCUAACAGCCCUGCUUCAGAAGGGUGCCGUUCUGCCUCUAGCUGUUCCUGUCAGCAGUCCCCGAAAGCAGCCAGGGCUCACGGCUCUUCCCAGAGCAGCCCAUUCAGCAGCCCUCCUCAAAUCCCGAGCGCCUUUGCGAGCUCUGCCAGCUCUGAGGAGGACCUGCUGGCCAACUGGCAGCGUAUGUUUGUGGACAAGGCACCCCCCACCUCAGAGCAGGUGCUGAUGAACCGCACGGCCUUCAGCCAUGAGACGGCCCCUGAGCUCCAGAAGAGGUUCAGCCGCUCCAUGCAGGAGCUGGGUAGGGCAGCCUCGGCUUACUCGGAUGGUGAGGAGUCUGCGCAAAGCUGCAGCUGGACCGUGAGCCGAGACUCAAGUGUGGACACAGACAGCACUGAGUCCAGAGCCCGAAGGAGCCAUUUCUCCUCAGACUAUGGUACAGAUUUCUCCCAGGAUGAAGCUCAGAAGCUGUUGCAGGGAAGCAUUGGAGGCACUGCUGAGGCUGGAAGCCCCUCACCAGAGAAGCACAAGGAUUACGUGGACCUUGGCUUUCCUGAGAGCCCAGCUGAGGAAAGAGAAAUGUUACUCCAGGGAAGCAGGGAGAUCAACCAAGGAGGUGUCCAGGAGGAAAGUGGAGAGGGCAGGGUCAAGCCUCCCUUCAGUCGGCCGCACCGCAGCCCCAAGAGGAUGGGGGUCCACCACUUACAUCGCAAGGACAGUCUGACACAAGCUCAGGAGCAGGGCAACCUUCUCAGCUGAGACAGGGCAAGAAGCAGCCGCAUACUGCAGAGGUGUGGGCUGCCUCCAUCUGUCCACCUUCUGAGGGAUAAACCCCCCUCAUUACCCUCCUCCCGAGGGGGCUCUGCUCUAAAUUUUAUAUUUAUUCUCUUCUUUUGCUACCUGGAAGAGCUGAGGUCGCCCUUCCCUGGCACCUCAGACCCACAGUACUAGCACAUGUAGUGUGCAGAAGCACACCCACUGCCCCGGCACACUUGCAGCUCUUUUCACAGCCUCACACUGGUGCUUGUACCGGAGCUCAUUCUUGGUACCCCUCGUCCUGGUGCCUGUGCCUCUCUAUGCUCCUAUCCUUCUUCCCCCUUCCCGCUCAGGUACCCGAGGCCCUGCGUGCUCUCGUGCUGGUUGCCCGCAGCCGCUCUGCUGUCUUUUAACUUGUGCCACAGGGCAGAGUGCCUGUGUGGCGGUGUCUGAUUCCGUGGGAGCCUGCAGGGGCUGUGAGUAGGGCAUGAGGACUCUCCCAGCGGAUGGCAUUGGGCCCCUGGGGAUGUGCUGGGCUUGCUGGUGUCUCAUCUUCCUGCUGGGUUUUGUUUUCCUCAGCUGCCCUCUGGGUGGUUCUCUGGAAUCUGCCUCUGCAGGUCCUUGUUGCUUGGCUCCUGCAUCAGGCUCAGCACCUGGCCCCUGCUGAGGCAACUCACAGAUGCUGGUGCUGUGGCGUGGGGCACGGGUGCUGCCUGCCGAGGUGGUUCAAGGAGGUGUUUGCCUGCUGGGCGCUGGGGUUUGUGUUUGUGUGUCUCCUCCCUCACACCUCUUCCCCCGCUCUUUAUGCUGUUGUUUUGUUUGAACGGUGCUGACGCUUUGUUCUUGGGUGGGCUUCUUUCUUCUUUCCAAGCCUUUGGUUUUGGGGUGUAUUAUUUUUUCUUUCUCCCCACCCUGCAUAAACAGACACAGCCGUUGGCAGCCAAUCCGAUGCCUGCGCUGAGGGUGUGUUGAGGAGGCUCAGCUCAUGGAGCUGCGCUUCCUUCUGAUCCCUGCUUCCAGCCUGCAGAAACCCCUUCAGACUUAAGAACAAGUUCUCACCCUGGGCAAGCAAGGUGUGAGGGACACUACUUGGCUUCUCUGGGCAGGGCUUGGUGCAGGGAUGCAAGGACAGCGUGCUGAGGAGCUGCUCCCUGUAGAUGCACUACCUCACGGCUCAGCAGCAGCUCUUUGCCAGGGUCUCCUCACAUGCUCCCUUCUCUGGGGGGUUCCAGGCUGGCUCUGGUGUCUCUCCAGGGCCGCCGCCUCUGAGUAGGGCCUCUCUGUGCAUUUUUCCUAGUGUAGUGUGAUAUUGUGUGACUUUUCUUCGCAGUCUUCUGUGCUCAGUGUCUUGUUUGGGGGGAGGGAAGGGGAGAGGUUGGUAGAUGUAGGUAUUUUUUUGAGGGCUUAUUAAGUCCAGGCGUCUUGUUUUUAUUUUGUCCUGUGCUCUUGUCUGUCUGGUAUUUCUUGGCUUCCUCAGGGAGUGUGAGGCAGAGAAUAGCCUGGUUCCCUGCUCCAGGUCCGCCUCACACCCCGCUGACUGUCCUUAGCCUUCUCUCUAGUCUUUGAGUUGGGUUUGUACUGUCCUCCCACCCUACUCAACAAGGGCUCUUUGCUGGGUUGCAGGAGAGCAGCCUGCUGUCCAGGAGGGAACUUACAGCAAGAUGUGCAGCCAAGAGCUGCCUGGAGCCCUGCUCCCUUCCCCAGAGCCCCCAUCUCUGCAAAGGGCCUGCAGCUUGCAGCUGGGCCCAGCCAGGGCUUCAGCUUGAGCCUGGAGGCUCCAGAGCCUGUGAAAGGGAGCUGUGGGUUUCUCUGGUGGCUGUGUAAGCUGGUUUGUGCACCCUCGCUAGAGCUACUGCCCACAUGCUCGCCUUGUUUCCAACCUCUAACAGUUGUGGAGCUGGAUGCCACCCUCUGGCAGGGAGGUGGGACUCAGUAUUUCACUCUAUACCUGUGCAAACAGGCUGGUGCUGAGAGCAGAAGCCUCCUCCGAGCCUGAAGGGUGUUCCAUCUCCCCUGUCCUGAAUGUGGCGGUGGUGUCCUUGCAUUUGCUCUCAUCAGCCACUCCACUGCUGCGAUUCUUCUGUUCUUCUGCAGCGUUGCUGAGGGCUUGCCAGCUCGUGCCUCACGGACAUCACCUGGGGUUGGGUGCUCAGUGAGUGAGCUCCUCUGGCUCUGAGGCUGCCCGUGGACUGUCUGUGGGACAGCACAGCCGCUUGGGCAGUGGGGGAGGCAUUGCCCCUCAGGGCUCAACCCCAUCUCCCCUGAAUCCUGACAUGCUGGUCAGGGGACAAAACCCACUCUUGCUGAAGCUGAUGGUGCCGAUGGUGCUGGGCAGGUAGUCUUAAAAGCAAAACAGUGGAGAAACGGAGGGGUGACAAACGGGUGCCCAGCACCUCACCAGACACUGCUGCUUCACAGCAUUAGGCCACUCCCAGGGAUUAAGGGGGAGUGGUGGCCUCAAGAGGAGCAGACCCCUCUCCCAGCAGGCACGGUUCCUGCCCUCUGCACUUCUGCUCACCUCCAGCAGUAUUGGCUCUGGGCCUUGAGCUGACCCCACUUUCAGUGUCCCAACUUCAGACUGUUAAUCUGUAACUAAUGUGUUUUUUUUCUGAAAUUUUCAAGCUGAUGUAUAUUUUAAGACCAGAAAUAAACUAUUUUAAAAGUA